AUGAAAUUCGAAUCACCGCGACAUCUCGUCCUUCAGAACGCUAGGAAAUACUUUCCAAAGCAAACCCUCAUCGAAAAUGAUUCAAAGGAGCCAUUGUUCGAACCUCUGUCGCCGGGCGAGGCACGAGUCUAUUCGUUUGUCCAACCUGGUUUGCCGGCAGGUUUGUACACCAUCAGCACCAAACAAACGAUAUCUGCGCCGUCAGAACCCGCCACCGGCACAACACAUUCGGUCCAGCUGCCAGACAAAACAGCGCCCGCUCAGCAGUUCAAGGUCGUAGCCCCUCAGUUUUCUCUGCCAAAUGGGGCCGUGCACUCGGUGUAUCCCUCUCAGGGACGCGGUGCUCCUGUACAGACCCUACCUCAUAUCGUCUUCAACGAUCCUUAUCUGCCCUGGGAGCGGGAAGUCAGUAGGUUCCCAGAGGGUGCCACGGAGAGAACGAAACGAAAAGUCCCUUGGUUGGCACUGCUCGUAUUCACAGCCGACGAGCUUCGUCUUCAAGAGGAAGACCUCGAGGGCACUUCGCCGCUAUUUCAAGAUGCAGUGUUUACAAAGCCCGUCAAACAGACUGAAACGUUUGCGGUUGAGAUGAAAGCCGGCGAUCUCAAUCACUUGUCGAAGGAGACCGCAGCGUUUACUCUACCCCCAGAUCUAGAUUCCGAGGCCUUGGAAGAGUCGACGCAAGCGAUAUUUGUCCCAAGAUCGCUUUUCGUAGAGCUAGUGACAAAAUACGAUAAGGAAGGUCGUUUGGAUGAAAACCAGUCCGAAGCCGAUAUUUCCCGCUACAUGUAUCUCGCACACGUGCGCAGCAUUAACACCGAAGGAAUGGCUAAUGCUGCAAAAGAAGACAACGGGUUGUACAGUGUCGUUUUAUCUCAUCGGGUUGGCCCGCUGGAUAAACAUGAGCCCACUCCUGUUAUUGCGCACCUAGUGUCUUUGGAAGGGAUCGAGAAAAUGAGCUGGCCAGUUAACAGCAAUAGCAAAUAUGUUGCUAUUCCUUCGCUGCAUAGUUGGUCCUAUAUCAGUCUCCCGCCCGAUUUUGUUGGUAUUCGGGAAAUGAUGGUUCAUUUGGGGAACACCGUCGAUGUCUUGAGAGUAUCUCCGACGGUCCUAGACGGCUUACGAGUAAAAUAUGGGAAAGGUGGCGAGAGAGUCGUAAACAGACUACAGGACGGAUAUACUUUAACGAGAUAUAGAACACAAACUGGGGAGGUGACUGCUGCCAUGAUGCGGGGGCCUCUUACGCCUAACUUGGUGCCCGAUCCCCUCAUGUCGAAGUGGAACCGCUUAAAGUCGUUGUCAAACUGUGGAACUGAUCUUCAGAUUAUUGAUCAACAUCUCGGAGUACCUGAUAUUACCUAUUCUGCUGCAUGGCAACUUGGGAAGCUACUCGCUCUCGCGGACCAAGGGUUCUGCGCCGCCCUGUCUCGACUCCGAAAGCAGAUACAGAAGUUCGCGGACAAUCAUUCGAAAGCAGACGAGGCACGAGCAAAAGGCGCCUACCUCGAUCAUGGUGAGGCUCUAGCCGCUUUACCCGAGGCAGCUAAAUUCAUAAGAUCAAUCCAAGAGCCAAAUCCGAUCGAACGGUCCAAGGCGCCAGAUCUCGUGUCUCGCCAUUUUAGAUAUGAUGCUGAACAACUGGAUUUAUCUCUUAACAAUCCAAGCAUCAGUCGGAAUUUUGUCAAACACUCUAAAGCGAUAUCUACCAAACUAGCUAGUACCUCAGAUGGCGGACCCGACGAUCUAUAUAAUGAGCUCAACAAACCCUACUCAACAGAUUGGGUGGUUGUACUGGGUUGGGUACUCGAUAGGAUGUACCUCGAUGGCAUACCUGCUCACUAUUUGAUUGUGGAUCCGUCAUAUCUGCCAAAGGAAAGUCUUCGGUUUUUUAAUAUCGAUAGGAAUUGGAUAGAUUCGCUUGUCGACGGCGCGUUGAGUAUUGGGAAUCUACUCGAAGAUGACGACGACAAAGUUCGUACAGCUAUUAAAGAGUCUAUCAACCGGUAUCUAACUACUGCAAUCCCUGGUCUCAAACGAACACCCCAAAUUCCGACGUAUGGAUACUUCCUUCGAUCUGAUAUGGUUAGUCAAUUUCCUGAUAUAAAAGUUGAGGCACCCCUACCGGAAGGCGCUAUCGACACCCGGGCUCCCAUUUUGCGGCAGGCCCUUCUUGACAACGGGAUUAUGAUGUGUCUUUUUGAUCGUGUUCCGGCAUCCCACGAGUUUGAUAAACUACGAUUUACACAGCCUCCUCAUCAGCAAAGCUUCAUUGCCGGCGAGACAGUGUCUCUCUCAAAGUUCGAAACCCGCUACAAGAGAAUUUACACAGUUCCAGAUACCAAAGACCGUACCAAACCUUUCUGUGACGAAGGCAGCUGGGACAACGAGGAUCUGAAACCCGAUGACCAAAAGAGCAAAAACCCGCCCGUGCCUGUAUUCAUUUGGGGAGGAAAAGAUGCGCCUGUGAGAACAUUGCUACUUCACACUUGGGCCGACGAUGUAUUCUCGAAGCUAUCCGAGAAGCUCAAAAACGACGCCCUAACAUCACUAUUCACCGAUCCUUACCCCACCUCUACAAUGACGGGCAUACAAUUGAACAAUCCCAUCUACGAACUAGAGAUCUCUCUAAAACCUUUAAGCCCAAAGGUUAAGUCAGCGCAGUUGGCUCCCGAGGAUGUGACGUUGCAGAUGUUGGCCCCGACAAUCUUAAGUAGUGCUAGAACCACACCGAUAUCUCUACAACAGUCGGUUCUAAACUUAGCCGCUUUACCGAUUAUUGCUUUACCAACCUCAAACCAAGCGUCAGUUGGGAGGACAGCAAACCCCCCUCCAAAUCAUUCUGUGAUUCCAACCAUGACAAAUGAAGAUAGGGCUAUUGUCAAUGCGACUAAGGGAGGUGGCCUUCAAGAUUUUGCGUCGCAACCCCAAUGGUCAUAUAUGGUCUAUGCUAUGGACGAUCCGAGCCCGCAACUGCGGGUUAAUAAACACAUACAGGUCAACACCGACUACCUACUAGACAUCGUCUUUUCUAUAAAUCUAAUUCCUGAGGCGGCAGCGGGCACUUUCGAUUUACAGGAAAUACAAGUACUCAUCCCUAUGGGCAAAAUGCGCGACCCUGAUGACCCGCACCGGGCAACUUUCCUCAUGGAAAAUUACACCGGACCUGGUGCAACCAUGCUUACAAACCUGAGACUCAACGCAAUGAUCGAAAGGACGGACGACCUCUUAGUUGUCCGUCUGAUUCCUCGCAGUGUGAGCAAGAUGAUCAGAUUCGAGAAAGUUGAGACCGCUAGUUUUUUUUUGGGUAUGGUGGAUGUGAACCCUUACGAAAGUGAUACUGUCGUGACAAUUGAAUACCUGCAAUACUAUGACCAAUUUGCAAACCCUUUCCGGGAUACUAAAGAUAUCAUCUUGUUCAAAGCAUAG